AUGGAGCCGCCAGACGGGCUGGCUCGUACCAACUCGUCCUCCACCAAGUCCUACUUCAGUCGAAUCCUCACUCGCCGACUUGGUGGCAAUGAACACCGCAAAGAUAGUUCCAAGGGGCCUUUGGGGCUCACGACGCUUUACCAGCCUGAAACUGACCGGCCUGAAACUGACCGGCCGGUGGUUGCCGACCUGGUUUUUGUGCAUGGCCUGAAUGGAGGUUCCCACAGCACAUGGAGCAAAGACAGCCUGCCGUCGCACUUCUGGCCCCGGGAAUGGCUCCCGAAAGACGAUGCCUUCCAGGACGUACGGAUACAUACAUUUGGGUAUCCUUCUGCACUAAGUCGCGAGUCGAUUCUCAACGUUCAUGACUUUGCCCGGUCUUUGCUCGCUGCAGUCAAAGACUCGCCAGUGAUGAAUCACGAGGAAAAGCCACGUUUAGUCUUCAUCGCCCACAGCAUGGGUGGACUCGUUGUCAAGCGGGCCUAUAUUUUCGGUCACCAAGCAGCCGAGUUCUUGCCAGUGGUGGAGCGAGUCUGCUCCCUCCUAUUCUUAGCUACUCCUCAUCAAGGCUCGGCACUUGCACAAACGCUCUCUCGCCUGGUGGCUUUAGUUCCUGGGGCGCGGCCAUUCGUCAACGAUCUGCUACCCCAGUCCGGGAUGCUUCAAUCCAUCAAUGAAGAAUUUCCGAGAAUCUGCUCCAACCUAGCCGAGGGCCACCGGCGGUUAGCCCUGGUGUGUCUACGUUAUCUCAUGAAGAACGAAGGGAAUGCAUCGAAACCUAGGAGAUUCGGGUCCGAUUCUGAUGUCAAAUCGACCCACAGCUCUCCUCAACCGAGGCCAUUUGUAGGCUACGCAUCGACCUUCUUGUUUCGACACCUGAACCUAGUACUCUCCAAGGAAGACGAUAUUUUCGUCGAGCUAGCUAAAUUCCUUGGAGGCACCAGCGUCCUUCGCUGGAUCGAGUUCAAUGCGAUUAAUGGCGACCUACAUACAGUCUACCAGGCAGGCAAGACCAUAAACGCGUUGCUGAGCCGGCGGGCGCGGCACUCGCCUCCAAUUGGGUUUGGGCAGCAGCAACACCUCGCUCUGCUGGAGAAAUGGGGAGAUGACUUAAUCCAUUUGGUGACUAAAUUUUCCGGCUGUCUGAGAAGUUCACCGCAAUCCAUUCACCACUUGAUCCCCCCUUUCUGCCCCAAGGACUCUGCCAUUCGACAACAGUUUUCCAAUCCCUAUCGAGGAAUCAAUGUCCAAGGCCUUUCGGCUCGGGGGUGGGACGAUUGUUUGACAACCAUCACAUACGCCAGGGGUACUAGGCCCAAUGCGGUUGCGGCUGGUACGGGCUUUUUCGCCGUGAGCAUGAUGACUGGCACCAUUAUGGUGUACGAUGACUCCAUAUUCCAGGAAAUUCAUGAUUUAAAGCACAAAGAACCGAUUUGGAGGCUUGCCUUCGCGGCUAGUGCAACGAGGCAGAACCAACUAUUUGCGUGGGACAUGGAGUCGGAGCAGUUGUUGCACGAUGAACCAGUGAAUUGGACCGCUGACUUGGAAGAAUCAUUCCAGUUCAGAACGCCGACCAUGGCAGCACUGGGUUCCGAGACUCACCUGAUGGCUGUGAUAUAUAGCGGGGAAGACAUGGUCCUAUGGGACUAUCUCGAAGAAGGAAUCCACGAUGUUUACGAGCAAGACAUUCGGUCAAAAAUAUAUGGGUCACUCAAGAUGCCGGGGAGCUCAUCAACCGUUCGCGCCGUGACCUUCAGCAAUGCGAUAGACACCAACCGUCUGGCAGCGACGUACACACAUGGAGACCUUGUGGUGUACGAUACGCAGGACGGAAGGCCGGUGGCGACUGCUCCGACUGUGAACACCAUGCUACUGGCGCCUUCCUGUGACGGCCGGACACUGGCUGGCGUUGACUCUCGUGGAAACCUGACACUCUUUGAGUUUGAAACCCUGCGUUCCUUGUACCGGGUUCAUUUUGACACCGCAAUAAUACCCAAGGGGCUCGCAUUCACAGCGGAUAGUCGCCGUUUCAUCGAGAUUCGUGGGGAUCAGUGUCGGGUGUGGGAACCGACAAUACUGCUUCGUCAAGACGACCUGGACGAAGAAAACAGCGACACAAUUUCGAUUUCCACCGGUCCUCUUGAAGUGUCGCACCUAAUCCGAGAAAUAGUCAAAAUCACCGCUGUCGCCUCCUGCAGGGCUUCUUCCGCCGUUUUUUGCGCCAAGGACGACGGCUCUGUCCACGUGUAUGAAACGGCGGGCGAGAUGGAAAGCCAGCAGCUCUUUGUCCAAACCCCUGGGUGUUCCAUAGCACUCCUCUGCCUGGACGAAAACACCAUGUUCCUCGCCUGCGGUGAUCUAUCAGGGCGGGUCACAGCUCGCAAAAUACUUCAGCGCAAUGCUCCGCGGCGAACUUCCACUUGGGAAAUCGGAGAGCCGCUCGUCAACGUCCGGGCUGAUGUCCAGGGCUUGCUCAGGCAAAUCCUUGUCUCGGGACGACAUGGAAGACUUCUGGUAUCAACAGAAGUCUUCCACGCUCAAAUCGAUAGGUCCCGUGGUGACCAGUGGCUCACUAUUACGAGCAAAACCGAGUACCUGAUUCAGGCCACGACCGAGGGCUUCAAUGUCUACAAAUGGGAGACACUGGAGCAGCUGCGCUCCGUACAGGCGCCCUUCGCCGGCACCAUAGAUCGGGUCAUCUCACUACAACAUCCGCGCAUUUUCGCCACGAUAUGCAAAGAAGCAUCACCCAACGACACACCUAACACAAUGAUCAUCCAGCUCUGGGACUGUAAUCAGCUUGGAGAUUCCACUAUGCCGAUGGCACCAGAGAAGGAGAUCAACGGCCUUUCGUCCGGCGUGGAGAUCAUCAUAGGUGCCUUCGGUGCGAGGAUGGUAGUCUACACGACCGACCGCUGGAUCGCUUCGGUCGAUUAG